CUAUUAAUUUACUAGGUAAACCAAGCACAAGUUAUAUAAUAUGGAUCACUGGCAGAGCACAAUGAUAAUUACUACGUGACCUCAAGGUACCUCCUACUUAUCUAGUCUAAACGUCAAAGGUCUGCAGUUUCUGCCAGCUGGUGUUAGAGCGUAUAAUACGACGCCGAGCACCGGAGACACGUUUACCGAACGUCAUUGAUUAUGUUUUAUGUGUAAUCAAUUCUAAUACCUACCUAAUCUAAAAUUCGAAAUAAUAAUUUAUAGGCAUGCAUAACAUCAUUGCUUAACAUUUGUGACCUGUAUUCGACUUUGACGAGUUAUAUAACGUAAACAUCGGAUUUUUUUAAUAUUUUUUUUUAUAAUUUAUUAAUAAUUAGCAUCCGCCACUACUAUAUUAUUUUCACUGUUGGUGAUGCCGCAUUUAUGACACGAUCAUAAAAAUAACUGCAAAUAACAACUAAAUUGUAUCAAAGACACAACGGCCAAAACAUGACAAUUGCAAACUUACUAUUAAAAUUUGGUGUUUAUUCAUCAGCUCUAGUCGGCUUUUUCACCCUGUUGCCUUUAAACCACAACGUCACUUUCACAGAAUAUACUGUCACACCACAAAAGCCUUUCACAGGACCGUUAGCAUUAAAUGAUAAGUUAUCAGGCAUAUCAAAACUUUUUGAAGAUCAAAUUGUAGGACCUGAAGGUCUGUUGUAUUAUAACAACACCUUGUAUACAACAUUGCACUAUGGCCAUGUUGUUAAAAUUGUUAAUAAUGAAAUAGUUCCUGUUGUGAAAUUUGGAAAAGUCUGUGAUGGAUUAUAUGAAGAACAUAUUUGUGGACGCCCACUUGGUCUUAAUAUAGAUAAAUCAGGAUUUUUAUAUGUAGCUGAUGCAUAUUAUGGUGUUUUUAAAGUGAAUUUAAAUUCAAAUCUAUAUGGUGCAAAAGAGCAAUUAGUUUCAAUGGAUGAAGUUAUUGAUGGUGCACAACCUAAAUUACCAAAUUCGGUCAUAGUAGCAUCUGAUGGUUCUGUGUAUUGGACAGACUCUGAUACAAACUAUAAAUUACACGAUGGAGUUUAUUCAUUGUUUGUUGAUGGUACCGGAAGACUAUUGAAAUAUGAUCCAAAAACUAAAAAAAAUACAGUGUUAAUGAAAAAUCUUCAAUUUGCUAAUGGUGUUGAAUUAUCAAAUGAUGAAUCAUUCAUACUGGUGUCUGAAACUGGAAAAUAUCGUGUACAUAAGUAUUAUUUGAAAGGACCCAAAGCAGGGAAAAGUGAAAUAUUUAUUGAUGGUUUACCAGGAAUGCCAGAUAAUAUUAAAAGAAAUAGCAAAGGGUCAUUUUAUAUUCCAUUAGUUAGUACCAGAAUGCCAAUUUUUGAAAGUAUUGGUGAAUAUCCAACUAUUAGAAUGAUAGCUACCAAAUUUCUUGGAAUAAUUGAUUUUACAUUGCUAAAGAUCAAUUCAUUCUAUCCCAAUUUAUAUUGCAAAAAAGCUAUGCAUUGGAUUGGACAUUUUGAAUCUAUGGUAUUAAUCAAAUCAAUGACCAAACAACGAGUUUCUAUUUUAAAAGUUAAUGAAAAAGGCAAACUAUUAUCGAGUUACCAUUCUACAGAUGGAAAGGUGUCUGGAAUAUGUGAUAUUGAAGUGGUCGGUGAUAAACUAUAUCUAGGAUCACCAUUCAACCACUUUUUGGGAGUUAUUAAACUGCCACAAGGAUUUUUAUAAUUAAAUUUUUUUUAUUGAUAGUUUUGUAUCGUAUUGCUCAAAUAUUUUGAAACUGUUAAAUUAUUUGAUUUUGUAUAAUUUUUAAUUCAUAAACUCAGACUAUGUUACUACAUGUUUUUUUUUUAAUAUUCAAAUCAGAAGAAUACUUUUAUUUUGUUAACUUUAGUUUCUAUACAGUGGACUCCACUUUAAUUCUCCGUUUUAACUAUAUUUAAAUAUUUUAUUGUAUUAACAAAUUCCAUUCAAAUCGAACUAUUUUAUUCAAAUUUUAAUAAGAACUUGUAUACUAUAUAAUGUAAUUCUAUACCAUCUUACAAUACUGAUUUAAGACUUUUGUUUGAUUUUAUUCUAUAAAAACUUUUUUUAAGUUCUGAUUUUAAUAACAUCCAGUCAUAAAAAAUAGAUACUUAAUUCAUAAACAGACUAUAAUUCAUACUAUGUAGUCUGAACCUUGAAAUUUAUCAAAUAAUACAUUUUUUGUUGUUUAUUUUGUGAAAAUACAUUUUUUUAAAUUGUUGUUCA